AUGGCGGACCGGGGUCCAGAGACGGAGUCAGAGCCGGAAUCGGUGUUCCCACGGGAGGUCGGGCUCUUCGCGGACUCUUACUCGGAAAAGAGUCUGUUCUGCUUCUGUGGGCACGUACUGAGCAUCACGCAGAACUUCGGGUCCCGCCUUGGGGUGGCAGCGCGAGUGUGGGACGCGGCUCUGAGCCUGUGCAGAUAUUUCGAGAAUCAAAAUGUGGAUUUCCGAGGCAAGAAGGUGAUCGAACUGGGCGCUGGGACGGGAAUCGUGGGGAUCCUGGCUGCGCUGCAGGGGGGGAAUGUUACCAUCACUGACCUGCCCCUGGCUCUAGAACAGAUCCAGGGCAACGUCCAGGCCAAUGUGCCAGCUGGAGGUCAGGCCCAGGUCUGCGCCUUGUCCUGGGGGAUUGACCAGCAUGUCUUCCCUGGAGACUAUGACCUGGUUCUGGGGGCUGAUAUUGUGUACCUGGAGCACACCUUCCCACUGCUGUUGGGGACCCUUCAACACCUGUGCGGGCCCCAUGGCACCAUCUAUCUGGCCUCCAAGAUGAGAGAGGAACAUGGGACAGAGAGCUUCUUUCAGCACCUUCUUCCACAGCAUUUCCAACUGGAGCUGGUUCAGCGGGAUGAGGACGUGAAUGUCAACAUCUAUAGGGCCAGACACAGAGGACCAAGACCUGCUUGA